CCCUCUGCCCCAGCCCUUCAAAAGCUCGGGAGCGGCCCGGCCCAGCGGAACGGGGGAGGGCAGGAGCGCAGGAAGGCGGCCGAGGGACAGGGACAAGUGGCACCGCAGCGGCGGAGGGUCACUCCCGAUCGGCUCUGGCUGCAAAGGAUCGGGAGCCCGGCAGGACAAACGCGGAGCUGUUUCCAGCGGGAUGCCAGGCUCCUGUGUCCCAACCCGCCCGGCUUUGAGCUGUGGACGUGUUCCUGCCUAACUCACAGCUGCCACGGAACUCUUGGGGAAGGCAGGGAUUGGAUGCUGAUCUGGGGCAAAAGCACUGUCAGAUCUAAAGCCCAGCCAUGGCUGGAGAUUCCCGGAUCUUCAUGAACCAGGACAUGGACAUUGGGGUCACAUCCCGGGAGCCCAAGAAGAUCCCCAAGCAGGCUCGGGAUGACGUCCCCAUCGCCACGGACAGGACCCGGCUCAUUUCCGCCGAGGGCAAGAAGCCCCGGCAGCGCUACAUGGAGAAGAGUGGCAAGUGCAACGUGCACCACGGGAACGUCCAGGAGACCUACCGGUACCUCAGCGACCUCUUCACCACCCUGGUGGACCUCAAGUGGCGCUUCAACCUGCUGGUCUUCACCAUGGUCUACACCAUCACCUGGCUGUUCUUUGGGUUCAUCUGGUGGCUCAUCGCCUACAUCCGGGGAGAUCUGGACCACCUGGAAGAUGAGAACUGGAUCCCCUGCGUUGAAAACCUCAGCGGAUUUGUGUCGGCGUUCCUGUUUUCCAUCGAGACCGAGACGACCAUCGGGUACGGCCACAGGGUCAUCACAGAGAAGUGUCCCGAGGGCAUCGUGCUGCUCCUGGUCCAGGCCAUCCUGGGCUCCAUUGUCAACGCCUUCAUGGUGGGAUGCAUGUUCGUCAAGAUCAGCCAGCCAAAGAAGAGGGCGGAGACCCUCAUGUUCUCCAACAACGCCGUCAUUUCCAUGAGGGAUGAGAAGCUCUGCCUCAUGUUCCGGGUCGGGGACCUCCGCAAUUCCCACAUUGUCGAGGCUUCCAUUCGAGCCAAACUGAUUAAGUCCAAGCAGACCAAAGAAGGAGAGUUUAUUCCCCUGAAUCAAACGGACAUCAACGUGGGAUUUGACACCGGAGACGACAGGUUGUUCCUGGUGUCCCCUCUCAUCAUCUCACAUGAGAUCAAUGAGAAAAGCCCCUUCUGGGAGAUGUCCCGCACCCAGCUGGAGAAGGAGGAGUUUGAGAUUGUGGUCAUCCUGGAAGGAAUGGUGGAAGCCACAGGCAUGACUUGCCAGGCUCGAAGCUCCUACAUGGACACCGAGGUGCUGUGGGGACACCGCUUCACCCCCGUGCUCACCCUGGAGAAGGAUUUUUAUGAGGUGGACUAUAACAGCUUCCACAGCACCUAUGAGACCCACACGCCCGUGUGCUGUGCCAAAGAGCUGGCCCAGUCCCGCCGGGAAGGGCAGCUCCUCAGCCACCUGCCCAGCCUGGGCCGGGACCCAGGGACAGCCAGGGAGGACGAGGAGGAGGAGGAGGAGGAGGAGGAAGAGGAGGAGGAAGGCAGGGAGCCAGCAGGACUGAGCGGAGCCAAUGGGACAGCAGGAGAGGGGAAUGAAGAGGUGCCUGUAUAACCCUGGAGCUGCUGGAGCACAGACACCCACACACCCUGCUGGGACACUGGGCUGGCCAGCCAGGAACCCACUGGGAGCCAGAGCUGCCAUUGGUGUCCAGCUUUGCUGCCUGCUGCUCAUCCUGGGAGUCACUGCACUGCACCGUGCCUCAGUUUCCCUUCCUCUUCCUGAGGCUCUGAGCUUUGCUCUCCUCUGCAAAGCCUCUCGAUCUCCAUGGACAAGGCCCACUCUUCUGAUCACUGUUACAAGCGAAAUUCCCACCACUGCUUCAAAAGGUGUUCAUUGGACGUGCAGAACUCUGCCCCUCUUGCGAGGGCGUUUCACCAGUCCAGAAUGUCCCAUCUCAGUAAGAAGAAUGUGAUUUCAUACCUUCACUUAAUUUGUGAGUCAAUGUAUUGUAGACAUUGUUCCAACUAAAUUAAAAGAAAAGGAAAAAACCUC